AUGUCCCCGAUACUGCCGAGCCUCGCAUCUGAUGCACUCACAUCGGAAGAUGCAUGGCCCAUUGAUGAAUCUCGGCCCGAUUUGAUCGAGUGUUCCAGUACGUCGCGCAUCUCUUACAGUACCGCGAUGUUUAUUUUUCUCAUGCUGAUGUUUUACGCGCUGGCUCUUUGGGACCGGUGGCUAAACUUACGGUUGCGUGAAGCGAAUAUACGAGAACGGCGCAUCCUGCUCCAGGCACGGACAGCGCUGCCCUUCUAUGGCACGACAUGUGAGGGCGAGGACGAAAUAUGGACGUCAUCAAGCGCAAAACCGCCGCAGAAACGAUCCAAGUCAGCACAUUCUCUACCUAGAAUAACUAUCACGCCGCCACCAUCUCCUCUUAAGCUUCUGAGCCCUCAAAUCGACUCGCCGUCGGAACACCGUCCUUGGGAUGCGAUUGUGCCGGCGCCGCUCUCAAGAGAAAAUGCCCAGAACGCUUCACUGUUAACGCCACCGAUGGCUCAUUCUCUCAGCGAUGUAUCGUCGUAG